UUUGUCCAGAGCUGAACGCCCGAAAGUUGGUCCAGCAACACCUGUUGUCAAAUGCCACGUUUAACGGCUGGGAUUUGAACCACUUGAUGAGGUCACGUGGGGGAAGAUUUUCCUUUAUAACGUGGAUCUGCCACUGGUUUAGCCGUAGUUCAAGAAGCUCUUGUUUCAUCGAGUCAAGAUGUUGAAGUUCGUGAUUUUCGCUGCGGUUAUCUGUGUGGUGGUGGCCGAUGUGGACAGCGACUGGUUGGCGUUCAAGUCCAGGUUCAAUAAGGAUUAUCAAGGUGCUGAAGACGUGAGGAGAAGGAACCACUGGCAGCAGAGCGUGCAGACGAUAGCGGCCCACAACAAACUGUAUGAAAUGGGUCGUAAGAGCUUCUUUCUCAAAGAGAACGAGUACGCGGAUCUGUCAGACGAAGAAUACAACACCCUCCUAAAAGGCCUGAUUCCAAAUAUGACUUUGACCUCACCACAACUUUCCAUCGCCCCCACCUCGCUAGGGGCUACAACUCUACCUUCCACCGUGGACUGGCGCAACAGCGGCUACGUCACACCGGUCAAAAACCAGGGUGCAUGUGGGUCAUGCUGGGCUUUCUCGGCCACCGGGGCCAUCGAGGGCCAACUGGCCAAGACCACAGGACAGCUGGUCAGUCUGUCCGAGUCGAAUUUAGUCGACUGUUCCAGGCCUUGGGGUAACUCGGGCUGCAAUGGUGGCUGGAUGAACUAUGCGUUCCAGUACGUCAAAGACAACGGUGGUAUCGAUACCGAGGCCAGCUACCCUUAUGUUGCUAGUGACCGGGCAUGUGCCUUCAAUCAAACGACCGUUGGAGCCACUGUGAGCAGUUACGUGAACGUUGCCAGAGGAAGUGAGAGCGCUUUGUUGCAAGCGGUGGCCACGAUCGGACCUAUAAGUGUUGCCAUCGACGCCAGCAAGAAUUCCUUCAGGUACUACGGCGGUGGCAUCUACAAUGACCGUGCUUGCAGUGCCAGCAACCUCAAUCACGCAGUGCUGGCAGUGGGAUACGGCACCAGUGCCACUAACGUGCCUUUCUGGACCGUUAAGAACAGUUGGGGUACGUCCUGGGGCAUGUCAGGAUACAUCUUUAUGUCCAGAAAUAAGAAGAACCAAUGUGGUAUAGCAACAGCCGCCAGUUACCCUCUAAUUUAGUUAGCAGAUGUGUAGUUUAAGUUGAUACAGACAUUUUGUCUAU